CAAUCAUAUUCAAACCAUCAGAAAACAUUUUCUUUUCAACAACGACCACAGAGAAAAGAAACAUGGCGGCUUUUGCGACCAAACAGUCUAUGCUGUUGUUGUCGUUGUCUCUUCUGCUCUUGAUAGGCGUAUCCACCGGAAGUUUCUACGACAACUUCGAUAUCACAUGGGGUAAUGGCCGUGCCAACAUAUUUGAGUCAGGACAACUCUUGACUUGCACUCUCGACAAGAUCUCCGGUUCAGGUUUCCAGUCCAAGAAAGAGUAUCUAUUCGGAAAGAUCGAUAUGAAGAUGAAACUUGUCGCUGGAAACUCAGCUGGAACAGUCACUGCUUACUACCUUUCCUCUAAAGGCGAGACAUGGGAUGAGAUCGACUUCGAGUUCUUGGGUAAUGUUACUGGACAGCCCUAUGUUCUCCAUACAAAUCUGUUCACAGGAGGUAAAGGUAACCGUGAAAUGCAGUUCUAUCUCUGGUUCGAUCCAACGGCGGAUUUCCACACUUACACCGUCCUUUGGAACCCUCUCAACAUCAUCUUUCUAGUGGACGGUAUCCCAAUCAGGGUGUUCAAGAACAAUGAGGCUCACGGUGUGGCUUACCCGAAGAGCCAGCCGAUGAAGAUCUACUCAAGUCUAUGGGAAGCUGAUGAUUGGGCAACUCAGGGUGGUCGAGUCAAGACUGAUUGGACUAACGCUCCAUUCAGCGCUUCUUACAGGAGUUUCAAUGAUGUGGACUGCUGUAGCAGGACUUCAGUAUGGAAUUGGGUUACGUGCAAUGCGAAUAGCAACUCGUGGAUGUGGACAACACUUAACUCCAAUCAGCUUGGACAGAUGAAGUGGGUACAAGAUGACUACAUGAUCUAUAACUAUUGUAAUGAUUUCAAGAGGUUCCCUCAAGGUCUACCCACGGAAUGCAACCUCGGCUGAUAUAUCGUGUUACCGGGAAAAUUCAAGAACUUGGUGCAGUUUCUUUCUUUUUAAUUUAACUUCAUGAUUUUUUUAUUUGAUUUGGUUAUUCUUUUGAGUUUCUAAGAUUUGCUUCCCAUAUUGAGUAAUUGUUUAAUUUUUGGGUCAUCAACUCAUCAUCUGUUAUAAUUUGAUUACACUGUUGAUUUUUCGUAUCUUAAAACAUUAAUAAUA